AUUGGAAGUAAUUGUGCUACAUCGUUGAUGGCAUUGGAAGUAAUUGUGCUACAUCGUUGAUGGCAUUGGAAGUAAUUGUGAUACAUUGUUGAUGGCAUUGGGAGGAAUUGUGCCCCUUCAUUGAUGUAUUGGAAGGAACUGUGCCCCUUCAUUGAUGUCAUUGGAAGGAAUUGUACUACAUUGUUGAUGUCAUUGGGAGGAAUUGUGUCCCUUCAUUGGUGUCAGUGUGGGGGGAGGAAUAGUGCCCCAUCGUUGGUGUCAGUGGGGGGAGGAAUAGUGCCCCAUCGU